GUCGUUAAGAAAAGCUCACACCUGUAUCAGCGCAUGAGCAGGAGGUUGCAAUUCAUGUAACGCAUUCAGAACGUUUCUUCUCGGCACCUUGUUUCCAUUUCCAAAAAUGCCGCCUUUUCUCCUCCAGCUUCUCGCGUUGGUUGAUGACGAGCCUGCGGCCUCCGUGGACUGCCAUCACGGCUUGUGGAACGCCUCCACAAGCACCUGCGACUGCGCAAGCGGGUGGACCACAGACUGGAUGGAUCAGGACAUCCUCGGCGAGGGCCUAGUGUAUUGCGACAGUCAGGCAUCUACACCGGCGCCAGGGAACACCACCGCUGCCACCUCCAAGUCCCCGGCGUCCAUCCGUACGAUCUGGAUUAUCGUCAUUGUGGCGGCAGCAACGGUGGUCACCGCUCUGGGUCUUCUUUGUUUUUGCUGCUGCCGACGACGCCGCAGAGACGCUACGAAGAAGAAGGAGUGUGAGAGAGCGGGGAUGGAACGGCGGCAGCAGCAGUGUCGCCUCGAAGAACUCGAGCGGCGUCGGCAAGAGGACGAAGCCGAUUGGAGCAGGGAGGCGAUGCUGCGACGGCAGAUGUGGGAUUCACAGAUGCAGCGGUGCCUCCGCAGCGACCCUACGACGGGUGAAGUGUGGUACGACAGCCCCGAGAACUUCACCGCGGCGACGACAAACUCGCAGUUCCUGUCCUUCCCCGUCCCUUCUGGAGCGCCCUUCGCAGGACAUCGGAAGAGUAUGGCGCUUACAGAGUUUCCAGCCUUCACGGACCCGAACGUGAUAGUGCGUAGCACAUCACCCAGUAUGCGUUACCAAGCCGCGCCGAUUGAUUUAUCUUCUAAUUUGUACGACAGUGACAGCAGCAGAGCCUUUACCACAGCGGUGGAUGAGUGCAUUCGCUCUGCGUACUCGCAGUCGCCUCCCCCCGCACUCUCCGUAGCACGCAUGGUACGCGAAACGAGCCCUCUCACGACUCCGCGACAUGUCAAGCCUUACGAUCGAAACAGACCGUACUAG